AAAAAAAAAAAAAAAAAGGAGUCCAUUUUCAUUAACGAAAGUUGAAACUCGGUCGGAAAUAAAAGGAAAAAAAAAAACUCGCCAUGGAAGAAAUGAUUUUAAAACAUCCGAACUAGAGAGUGGUGUUUUGAAGUGGUGUUAUCUCGAGGGCCAGGAGUGACUAUGUCUCCCCCAGUGGCGAGAAGGAACUGAAGAUCGAAAUUGCUGGGGUCUGCGACAUGACUUUCGUGGCCACGUUUGGGAACCUUUUCGUCCUGCUCUCCGUCGCCGUUCUAUGCAUUAAAGUGAUUUUGGGCGACGAGCAAGAGUACCGACUGACUCGAUAUCUUAUGGCCAAUUACGACCCUUCAGUGAGGCCUGCCAAGAACUCCUCCGAAGCCCUCAGCGUUGUCUUUGGCUUGUCUCUCCAUAGCAUCAUCGAUGUGGACGAAAAAAACCAGAUCCUGACGACGAAUUGUUGGCUGACCCAAAUUUGGACUGACGCCCAUCUCACCUGGAAUGCAACGGACUUUGGGGGCAUCCAUGUCAUCAGAGUCCCAUUCCAGAGAGUCUGGAAGCCUGAUAUCAUCCUCUACAACAACGCCGACUCCCAGUACACGUCGGCCACCAUUAACACGAACGUGAUCGUCACUUCGGCGGGGGAAGUGACGUGGCUCUCACACGGCAUCUACAGGUCCUCCUGUGACAUGAACGUGGAGCAUUUCCCCUUCGAUAUCCAGUCGUGUAAGAUGAAGUGGGCGUCUUGGACCUAUGACGGCUACCAGUUGGACCUUAUGAAGCAGAUGGACGAAGGGGACAUGUCGAACUAUCAAAGCAACGGUGAAUUUGACCUGAUAGAAUUCACAGCAAUGAAGAACAUAACUUAUUACUCGUGCUGCCCGGAGCCCUAUCCAGAUAUCACCUUCACCAUAAAGUUAAGAAGAAGACCGAUGUUCUAUGUUUUCAAUCUCAUCUUACCUUGCGUCCUAAUUAACGGCAUAGCGCUCCUGGUGUUUUACGUGCCAAGCGAAUCCGGAGAAAAGGUGACAUUGGGGAUCUCGGCUCUUCUCUCCAUGACGGUGUUCCUCAUGACCAUAAGGGAGAGUUUGCCCCCAACGGAGAAGACGCCGUUGAUCAGUAUGUACUACGGGGUGACCAUUUGCUUGGUCAGCUUCGCGUCGGGGAUGUCUGUGCUGACCUUGAAUAUCCACCACCGAGGGGUGCGAGGGACCGAGGUGCCCCACAUCAUCAAGAAGAUUGUCUUAGGCGGCCUCUCCAAGCUGGUCUUCCUGCAUUUUGAAAACCCAGUUCUGGCCCAGGAAGAGAAAAACAUCUUGCUUAAUCAGGAUAUGAAGCCUGACCUGACUCCCUGCUUCACCCUACAAGACCUUCGACCUGAACGAACCGUUAGACUAGACUCCAUUACCGCAGAAAAGUUCCACCUUCACGAGAUGGACAACACAGAGCACUUCAAUGUCUCACCAAGAUUUACUCCCAGGAGAAACGUUCCAACAAAUAACGAAGCUCCUUCUAAUACAUCAGCCGUAGGGCAACCUUCAGACUUCGAGUACCAGUUCCUGAGGGUCCUGAACAAAGUGUACCAGACGAUAGAGAAGAACGAGAUGCGGCUGGGAGAACACGACAGGAAGGAGGCGACUCGCGUUGAAUGGCAACAGGUGGCGUUGGUGUGCGACAGGUUCCUGUUGGGCUGCUUCUUGCUCUCGACGACAAUAGCGACCACAACAAUCCUUUUUUCGUCGCCUCACGGACCAUGACGUCACUUCUCUGCCGUUUUUGGCGACGCGAACGGUACCAGUGUCCAUUCCGAAUGACUGAACCGGUUGGCCAUGAUGCCCAAAGGUGUCCGAUUCCCAUCUCUUUAUUCAUGACCAUUAGAUCCAUCUUCACCAUAGCUUGGUUCCACCAUCAAAACUCACCCUGUCAAAUCGUGUACGUCCUCGAGUGAGAAUAUUUCGAUGCCGUCGAAACUUCAGUAGAAUUUUGAUCAAAUCAAGGAUCAUUCAGCACCGGAAUUCUCACUGUGCAGAUUAUUCUUCUCGUGUCUAACCAGCCAUCGAGUUUUCCCUUUGUUAGACACUCUCUUCCCCACUGCGUGACGGUGAGUAGACGAUGCUCAGCUUCUCGUCAGCCUUAGAAAGAAUAUACGUAAAAAAGAUAGUGCUGUUUGAGACUCAUUCUUGAACAGAGGGGAGUUCUCAUCUGUAUUUCGUGUCACUGUUGUCCCAGUUCUCUCGAGGAGAAGUUGUGUCUUCUAGAUGUGGUCAGUCACGUUGUCACUGAAGCGAAGCGUCUUCUUUCUCAGAUUUUGUAACUUUAGCCUCUGAGGAUGAAAUCGGUGCACCGCCAUUCUCAAACAGAAAUCAGUCUUAGCGUCUGGGGAACACAAAAUGCAGAUAUCGAAGACAUCGAUGUCGAGUUUAUAUUGUUGAAGAUGAACGGCAGUUUCGUAUAACGAGAAAAUACAUUUUCUCUUGGUGAGUUUCCCAAGAGCCCCAGAGUAAAGCCAAACUGGAAUACCGUGCAACUCAAAAUCUGACACUUUUGUGAAUUUUAUAUCAUUUACUUUUUUCGUACUCGCACUGUUGCUUGCGCCACUGCCUCCCAGGCUUUGCUUUGAUUCUGAUAACAAUCGUCAUGAGUUUUCAAAUCCAAAAGAUAUUCCUGAGGAUUCAUAACUUUUCUUUUUUGAGGGGCCCCGUGUUUGAGGAGAGAAAAGCUAAUCAGAUGGGUUUCACGUAAGCGUAGCCAGGCUAGGGAUUGGGGUCAUUUGCAACUGGUCCGUGCUCACUAGAAAUCUUUUGCAAAGAGAAACCAUUUAAUUAUGAAAACUGCAAAAGUAACGAAGACAUUAGAGUAUACAAUUGCAUGAGUAUACAUUACACCUUCUGCUAUGAAGAACCGGCGGCUGACUUUCAGCAGAAGCGUUCGAGAAAGGAUAGAGAGUCUGAGAUGGUCUGCGGAGGAUCCAUUCAUAAUGACUUCUGUAUAAGCAUUCUAACGAGCCUUUCUUCAUAAUUGAAUGAUAAUGAAAUUUGUGUGAAAGCAAACCUACCCCUUAACCCCACCUCCAUUACACAUAAUUUCUAACGGAAAUCAUUUUUAUUUUCAUUUAUCCGUACGUGUAUCGAAAGUUGUAAGAAGACGUGAAGAUUAUUAUUAUUAUUAUUAUUAUUAUUAUUAUUAUUAUUAUUAUUAUUAUUAUUAUUAUUAUUAUUAUUAUUAUUAUUAUUUCGGUAGAUGAAACUUAUUCACAAUGAACAAGCACAUAGGGACCAUUGACUUUAAAUUCAAGCAUCCAAAGACGGUUGGUUUCAACCUCCCACCGCAGACCCCACACUGCAGCAGUAACUGAUCCUGAUAUAAAGCCAGUGAUUUUCCACCGCCCUGGAGAGACGCGACCCCACGACAUUUGAGUGGCAAGGAGGCUUUGAAGACGUUUAAAUUUUUGCGUGAGGAAAGACAGAAAAAAUAGCUCUCAAAUGGCAGUUUUCGAAAGACUAGAAUUUUGACUUUUAGUGAGUCACACAUUCAUGUAUGUAUACAGCACAUAUACUGGGAUUAUUAAACGGUGGAAAAAUUGUCAGAUUUUAGUAUUGAUGAAAUGUGAAAAACAAAAUGAACUGAUAGGAAAUUACUCAUGAAUCUAAGUCUCAUCAAACGAUUAAUCAUAAAUUUGAUCAAAUAUUUACUAAUAUAAUCAAACAAAAUGGGUAUCCUGUACAGAUUGUUCACACAAUCGAAGAUUUUAAAGUUAGGUUUAAUUCACAAAAACAGAUAUCUUCAAAUUUAUGUUUGAAUUGACAUCGGAGACAUAAUCAGAUAUCCUUUAACUUUUAACGAUGUCAGUGGCUGAAGGGUCCUUUGUUGGAAUUCGAUUUUCGUCAAUGUGACAUCAAAACUUGAUGUUCGGAUUAAGAGUUGCCUUCAUAUAUUUCCUUCAGUGUGGAAGAAGCCAUGAAAAUGCUUUAUCAAAAAACACACACACAGAGAAACCUAUUGUAGGAAUCAUAAGUCUCAAGACUCCGGAUAAUAUUUGAUUGCAGACAGAUAGACGAGAGUGGAAGGAGAUAUAUGAAAACAAUCUAAUACUAAUUCCAACGAAAGCUAAAACGAUAACUUUGGGAAGCGGCAGAAAAGGUUCAUACUUCGUCAAAUUAAGUUCCAAAAUAAAAUAAAAAAUCAUCAUGAUGAAGUUCUCAGAAUGAUAGUCUUUGAAAACUCCUGCUCGACGCCAUUUAAAACGAAGGCAUUAUUAUUAAAUAAUAAAGAAAAACCAUUCCUCUUUGCUAGGUGUAAGAUGUCUUUCGUAUAUCCAGUAGACAUUCAUCUUAAUUACCAAGCGACAGCGAGAAUUUUCUCAUACAAAUUUCAGUUUACUUUUACAAACAACUGUGUGACUUUCUUUUACUGGUCAUUUUGUCAAGAAGUAACGAAGGGGUCAAUUAGGCCCCCGGUACUAAGGGCUUGAUAACACAUCCUUACCACCGAAAUAGCAAACAUUAUUUAGACAAGAAGUGUAAUGAAGCAGUAAGCAGUUACAUGUGCUUCUUCACAUCAUGUGAAGUUUGCCAUUAUAUCUUUUUUAUACGUACAAGUAUAAUGUACAUGUAUAAAUUCCCACUUUCAGAUAUACCCACACACUCACCCUUACACGCACA